AUGUUAUACACUCGUGCACCUGCUUCGGACUAUGACGAUUGGGGAGUCAAUGGUUGGGAAUCUGAGAAUUUGAUUCCCCUCAUGAAGAAGCUGGAGACAUAUGAGGUCCAGCCCGAUCUUCCAACUCACGGCUAUGAUGGACCUAUCAAGGUGUCCUCUGGUGGGUGUAAACUAGGUAUCUGCGACGAGUUCAUCCAGGUCGGCACGACCUAUCACAAGAGGCAGUAUGCCGAAGACACCAAUGAUUUGGAAACAUGCAAUACGUACAGUCCAUGGCAGAAGUACAUUGACGGGACAACCGGAAAGCGUUCGGACGCGGCUCACCACUAUAUCUACAACCAAGCUCACAACCAAAACCUACAAGUCUGGGACGGAAAGUACGUAAAGCGUAUCAUCUUCGAGGACAAGCGUGCUGUAGGUGUUGAGUUCGCCAGCGACCCAGUGUCUUGCCCAGACGCAGAUCAGUCGUUGAGUAUUGUGAGAGCAUCAAAGCUUGUCAUUGUCUCUGCUGGGACAUUUGGUUCUCCGACCAUUCUGGAGAGGUCUGGGAUCGGUGCUGAGGCGGUUCUCAAGCGGUGCGGCAUCGAACAAUUGGUGGAUUUGCCUGGCGUCGGAGAAAAUUAUCAAGAUCACAAUAACGCCUUUGUUCCAUACUUAGCUGCCGACGAGGUUGUUACCAUGGACGCUCUCUGGCGUGGGGAGAGUAUUCUACAGGGUAAGCAUGUUCUCGCCAUGAUUCCAGCAAUUUACGACUACCCAAAUGCAGAAAGCCUUGCACAAUGGAAUAGCAACGGCAAGUCAUUGAUUGCACAAAAUGGUCUCGAUUCGAAAGUCAAAUGGCGUCCUGAUGACGAGGAACUGAAAGCCAUGGAUCCAGUCUUUCAACCACGCUGGAAGGAGUUCUUCCAGGACCGCCCAGACAAGGCUGUUGCAAUAUUUGCUGCUCUUGCAGGAUAUGUUUCACCGCUCUCGAGGCCUCUUAUCCUUCCUCCUCGCAACUACAUGACCGCUAGUUAUUAUACACUUUACCCCGUGUCUGUCGGAAGCGUUCAUAUCAAAUUGACAGAGAACGGAAAAGAAGGAUUGGACUUUACUGCAGGGUUCUUAGAUGAACACGCUGAAAUCUUUCGACGCAUGGCUUCCUACCGAGGUGAAGUCGCUGCUGGUCAUCCUGAUUUCCCAGAGGGAAGCGCUGCAGCCUGCAGAGAAGCUUCCGGGCCAGUGGACUUGAAUGCGCCUGACAUUAUCUACACUGCCGAAGAUGACGAGGCGAUCAAUCAAUUCCAUCGCGACGUCGUGCAAACGGGAUGGCACUCACUUGGGACUUGUGCCAUGGAAUCGGAGGCAGAUCAAGGAGUCGUCGAUGCUCGGCUAAAUGUAUACGGCGUGUCAAACCUGAAGGUCGCAGAUAUGUCCAUUUCGCCAUUGAACGUUGGCACGAACACGUAUUCGACGGCACUUCUCAUCGGAGAGCGGGCUGCGAUGAUCAUUGCUGAAGACUUGGGUAUCGAUUGUAUGGACCUGACUAGGGCCAGGUUAAAGUGA